GUCCCUAGCAACCACCGGAGCGAACCGAACAGACAGAAAUGGCGAAGAAAAUCGGAGCCAAAAAAUCACUUUGGCAACAAGUGUGUGACGAGUAUGAAGCUGAGCAGCCCAGUGCUCCCGGUGCUGCUGUGUGGACAGACAGCAGCUCAGUGAGCACCCAGGUCUCCCAGUACAGCGCCAGCACUCACUCACCGGUCUUCUAUGGACUCACCACAGCCAAGGUGUUUGUGGAUGAUGAUCCUCUGAGAGACUUUGACCCUCUUCUCUGCCACCCUGCUCUCGCUGGAUACUCUGUGUUGGGAAAACCUCCUUCAAGCCAGACGCGCCCAUCAACAGCUGAAACUACAUCAACUCCACAACUACAUGAACGUCCUGUCAUGCGUUUUAUGGAGAGGAGAGUGUUCCCAGUGUUGUUGCCUGGACUGGAGGCUUUGCUGGAAGAAGCCCGGAAACAUGGCUGCUUCGAGAGGGAAAAAACGGCAUUUAACCCGUGUGACUUCCUGACUGAGUGGCUCUACAACCACAACCCCCGCAGGCGAGAACAAGUCCCAGUGAACUUUAAUGACAUCCCGUUUGUUAAGGACUGGCUCAGCAUGAAUCCCAGGCCUCCCAUCCCUCUGUUUCUACUGCUGAGUGAGGAUCAGGCUGCUCUGCUCAUCCAGGCUUUCUGGAGGGGAUACAAGGUCAGGGCGCGCCCAGAUGUGCAGGAGCUACGUCUGUGGCAGAAAGACCUUAGAGAGAACCGCGACAUCGCCAAAACUGUCGAGCAGUUCUGGGCCCAACAAGAGAGCCGAGUGGGCUCUGCCAUGACAGACCUUCCAGGAAGCCCCCAGCCCGGCGACUCGGAUGUGUCCAUCCAGGUGGUUUCCCCCACCCCCCAGAGCACCGUGGUCCACACCCCCACCCCCGAGAUGACCCCUGAGGGCGUUGAGUGGCUGACCCCCAGCCUGCGCAUGGUGGAGAAAAUGGCCUGCACGCCAUCCCUGACUGAUUUCCUCUCUGUGUCCGUGAACGGUGACAAAUCCCCGACUGCAGCGUCUCCUUCUUUACUAGGACCUCCAAACCUGCUCUAGACUGGUGGUACUCUUAACUGAAACAUUAGCUCCGUGAACAUGUUUUUUUUCUUUUUUUUCUUGUGUUUAAAGGCUAUUAAACUCUGUUAGGUUGAUGUCAGACUGACCAAAGUGAUCAGUCAAACAAGCCAUUAAAAACGCCUGUAACCAAUUGGAUAUGGCCAGGCAGGGAUUUAUGGUC